AUGGCCAAAAAGAGAAAGGCAGGCAGCGGCGCAUAUGGUGCACCCAAGGCGCCUAAAGAGGAAGAUUCUAAGCUUGCGAUAAACACCUGGGAAGAUGUUGCAGACUCGGAGGACGAAUUCCUUAUCAAUCGCGACAAGGUUUUGCUGGACGAAGGUCCUGCUGCGAAGAAAUUGAGGAAAUGGCAGGAAGAAGGUGAGAAUGCGCAAAUUGCGGAAAACAAGGACUUAGACAAGUUUCUGCAACCUUCCGACGAAGAGGUCCUCGACCUAAACGACGACGAUGACGAGGACGACUUCGAAGAUGAAGAAGACGCCCAAUCCGACGAUCUCGAUCCCGACCAGCGCCAGGCGAACGAGGACAACGAAGAUGACGAAGACGAAGCUUGGGGCACGUCAAAGAAGGACUACUACAAUGCAGACGCUAUAGAGACAGAGCAGGACGCUCUAGACGAAGAGGCAGAAGCGCGGAGAAUACAGAAAAAGCAGCUUCAAGCAAUGACUGAGGCAGAUUUCGGCUUCGACGAAGACGAGUGGUUAGGCCAGGAUGACGCGAAGGAUCCAGAGUCCGGCGCUGUGGUUACGGAAGUGCUACCACAGCUUCAGAUUACAGACAGCAUGUCGGAAGAGGAGAGAUUGAAGAUCAUGAAGACAAGAUACCCCGAGUUCGAGCACAUCUCAAGAGAAUACCUGCGAUUGCAACCGCUCCACGAUGAACUGGCUGCCGCUGCAAACGCCGCGCAACGACUGCUCAAGUCGCGAGCAGCAAAGACGAAGAAAUCAGACGAGGAAAUGCUCCCUACGCCAAUAGCAGUCACGAAGUACCGCGCUUGUGCCGCAUAUCUUGCAUCUAUGGCCAUGUACUUUGCAGUACUAGGCUCUACAGCUAAGGAUGAUGGCUCGCCUGUCAUCGCCCUGGACCCUGUUGAGCUGCACGACCACCCGGUCAUGGAGAGUCUCCUCAAGUGCCGGCAAAUGUGGUCCAAAAUCGAGAGCUUGCCAGCCGCCGAUCCAUUGGUAGACGUCGCCAAUGACGACGAUCUGUCAGUAAUCGGUGAAGCCAGUCCUCUUGCGGAUGAGAUCGAAGCUGUGAUUAACUCGCAAACGAAGAAGCCAAAGAAGAGCAAAGCACAGCGCGCUGCAGAGAUCGCACAAGCAGAAGCGGGGGCUCGUCGGGCAGCCAAACUUGCGAAAACAGAACAGGAGCUUGCCUCGCUUUCGACACUCACCGACAAGGCCGCGCUCAAGAAGGCGACCAAGAAGAAGAAGUCGACAGAAGAGAAACUCAACUUGCUCAAUGCAGAAGACUCGGACUUUGGCGAGGAGACAUCACUCACUGCUCACGAGCUUGCCGAGAAAGCGAAAAAGAAAAAGUCUCUACGCUUCUACACUUCGCAGAUUACACAAAAGGCCAGCAAGCGCGACGCAGCCGGCAAAGAUCAGGGCGGCGACGCCGAUAUACCUCACCGCGAGCGCCUAAAGGACCGACAAGCCCGCCUUCAAGCCGAAGCCGAAAAGCGCGGUCAGCACAAAGACAAUGGCCCAGGCGUCGCUCUCGGCGAAGCAGGCGACGACUCUGGCGACGAAAGCCCACCACCGCGAAACGAAGACUACGAAGACGAAGACGGCUACUACGACAUGAUCGCCGCGCGCUCCAACGCCAAAAAGGCCACCAAGUCCGAGCGCGCAGCCGCCUACGCCGAAGCCGCGAAGCAAAACGCGACCGUCAUCGAAGAAGAAGUCAUCGGCGACGACGGCAGGAGGAUGAUUAGUUACCAGAUUGCGAAGAACAAGGGACUUACGCCGCAUCGCAAGAAGAGCGUGCGCAAUCCGCGUGUCAAGAAGAAGGAGAAGUACAAGGAAAAGCAGAAGAAGUUGAAGAGCAUGAUGCCCGUGUUUGAUAGUGCGAAGAAGCAGGCGGGUGGCGCGAACUACGGAGGUGAAUUGACGGGUAUCAAGAAGGGCUUGGUGAGGAGUCGCAAGUUGUAG